UUGUCACGUGACUCCUGGCUCUAUCAACAUGGCGAGCGGGGAGAAACCUGCAAAUAAACCCGUGGCCGUGAAGGCACAGGAAUUCCUCGUCGGUCCGCGCUAUGUUGACUUGAAAUACAUAGGGGAGGGCGCAUAUGGAAUGGUUGUAUCAGCUCUGGAUACUGUAACUAAACAGAAGGUUGCCAUUAAAAAGAUCUCACCUUUUGAACACCAGACAUACUGCCAAAGAACACUAAGAGAAAUCAAGAUAUUAACGAGGUUCAAACACGAAAAUAUAAUUAAUAUACAAGACAUUUUAAGAGCACCAACUAUUGAGGAAAUGAAAGAUGUAUAUAUAGUACAAUGUUUGAUGGAGACAGACAUGUACAAACUUCUAAAGACUCAACAGCUGAGUAACGAUCACGUCUGCUACUUCCUGUACCAGAUAUUACGAGGUCUCAAAUACAUACACUCUGCUAAUGUCCUUCACCGUGACCUCAAACCCAGCAAUCUCCUCCUCAACACGACGUGUGACCUAAAGAUUUGUGAUUUUGGGUUGGCUCGAGUUGCUGAUCCUAAUCAUGACCACACAGGGUUUUUGACUGAGUAUGUAGCCACACGAUGGUACAGAGCUCCCGAGAUCAUGCUCAACUCGAAGGGAUACACCAAGUCAAUUGAUGUUUGGUCCGUGGGCUGUAUUCUGGCUGAAAUGUUAAUGAACCGGCCUCUCUUUCCAGGAAAACACUAUCUGGAUCAGCUGAAUCACAUACUGGGUGUCUUAGGAUCUCCUAGUCAAGAAGACCUGGAUUGUAUACUUAAUGAGAAGGCCAGAGGUUACAUCCAGUCUCUUCCCUAUAAGCCUAAGGUGGCUUGGAACAGACUUUUCCCCAGGGCUGAUCCUAAAGCCUUAGAUCUUCUGGACAAAAUGUUGACCUUUAAUCCCCAUAAGAGACAGACUGUGGAGGAGUUACUGGCACACCCCUACUUAGAACAAUAUUAUGACCCGGCAGAUGAGCCUGUGGCAGAGGAGCCAUUUACGUUUGAGAUGGAGUUAGAUGAUUUACCGAAGGAACGAUUGAAAGAAUUAAUUUUCCAAGAAACGGUUGACCUUAAGAAAAAAAUGGGAAUUGUAGAUUUACAAUAAGAUAGAAGUAAAUAUUGCAUAUCUUGAGCUUAUUCCAUUUCUGUGGCACGACGGACUAGAAUUUUACUUUUCGCUACUUUGUGUCACGAGCUAAAAUGGAUUUAAACAUUCCAUACAAACGGCACAAGUUUCUCCAUUGCCUGAUGAUAGACCUGUCUGCAGGGUUACUGAAUCCAAUAUCAAUUGAUUUUAAUUGAUAUCUGUUGAUAUUUAACUGAUAUCUACAGGAUUUCUGGAUCUGAUGUCUACGGCAUUUAAUGUUCUUUUUUCCCUUUCAUUCAUCGCAUAAUUACUGUUAUUGCUUACGAGUCAAUGUUGUUGAGAUGUAAUCUUCCAAUUUUUAAUACUUGUAUGAAAAAAAAUGUCAUUGAAUAUGAUGGAUUAUUUGAUUGCAUUUACUUACAUGUAUGUCAUGUAUUUUUGAAUAAGAUUUUUUCAUGAUUUUUUUAAUUUAAAAAUUGAUAUUCAGGCAUAUUUUAAGAAUUACAUAGGAAUUUGUACAAUUUAUAAUUUAGUUAAGAAAAGUUUAUCAAGAUGUAAGCAAGAUAUUCAGAAUAUUUCCCUGUAAAACCACUUAAGUCACAACAUAUCUUUUUGUACAUAAUGGCAAUACCUCAGUAUAGGAUUUAUUCUGCAAUAUUUUGCAACAAUUUUUCAAAAACGACCGAAUGGUUUUGAUAUCUCUCUAUUCCACUAAGAAAGUAUUCUACGAAAUUAAAAAAAAGAAAAGCAUAUUUUCAUGUUUAGAAAGUGGAACAAUAGCUUAUCUAGUUCUCAAAAAUGUCAGAUAAUGAUUUUCUUGAACAAAUUCACAUCAUUUUCAAAUUAGAAAAUUGCCUUUUAACUUCUUUAUUCGAAGUUUGAGUUAUCUUUCUUAUUGUAGGGUUAUUGGUCCUGAAGAAGGAAGUUACAUGUAUUUUGUUUUCAGGGGUAAAAAGCUUUUAAAUCAUUUCAGUUGAACAUCUGUCAUUGUUAUUUACAUUUAAAUUAUUUCAUGUAUAUUUUCAACAUUGAUGACUUCUUAAUAAUACCAAACAGCAAAAUGAAAAUGUUCAACAAAUUUCCACAUUCAUUUUUUUAUACACUACAUCUAUUUAAUCAUUCAGGAUAUAUAAUUUGUAAUUAUUUUGAUAUGUGUUUUCAUCAGUCAAUCAUGUGGUAUUAGGACAAUGGUUGAAUAAGUAGACCAGAUUAUAUUUAUAUCAUAUUGAUUUUAAAAAUACUUAUUAAAAAAUAAUACAUUUAAAAGUACUGUAUAUGAGCAUUGAAGGUGUUAAUCAUCAUUAUUUGUCUUCUUCAUCAAAGUAAUUUAAUUCCCCUUGCAUUACAUCUUUAUUGUCACAGAUCUGUUAACUGGAAUUAUUGUAGGAAGGACUCUGUCAUCAGAGAUAAUGGUAUGGGUAGUUGUUCUCCUUAAGUGUAUAAAAAAUAGAUAUAGAUUAUCCAUAGCAGGUUCUAACAAAGACAGUUGUGGAAUCCAAGUGUAAUUAAAAUUAGUUGAUAGAAAUGCAUACAGUGGAUGGUAUUGAUAUGAUAUUCAUAAACAUACAUCAUGCCCCAUAGUUAGGGAAUUGUUGAAACCGUAACAGAGGCAAAGGCAUUUUAUUUUCUGAAAUGGCAAUCACUAAAAUAUAACAUUCUCAGAAAAAUCAUUUGUUUUAAGAAAAUAUUGCUUUAAAAUAAAAAAAAUUUAUUAAUGACAUUUUUUCACACUCCCCUCCCCCCUCAAAAAUAAUAAUACACAGCGAUAAUGGAAGAAAAUUUAGAUUUUCCAUUGAUUUAUCAGUAUGUACUUGGACCUUGAAAAUACUUUUUUCUUUGUUGAUAUAUUUUUCACUUUUUAUAAACUUUUUCCCUUUCCUCAAGCUUUGACAUACUUAAGUAUUUCAAAUGAUAUUGUAUAAUUAAUAUCAAUAUUUGUCUCCCUUAGAACACUGACUGGUACCCAGCUCCCUGUGUCUUGUAAGAUUAGCCUGAGAACUUUAGCUGAAUGUAGACAUGUCUAUAUAAAUAGUUAUAUUCUAGUUCACUCAGGCAGGGAAUCUAUUCCUCCCAGGCUGUUGGAGCUGGUUGUACAUGUACUUUAUAUCAUGUAUAUAUUAAGUUUGAUAAAAAAGAAGCUAUUUCUUCGUAUACAAGUGUUAGCAGUUUACUUUUUAAAACAAAAUGAUGUUGUCUUUGUAAACUUUAUUGUUAUUAUACGUCCUUUGGAAUUUUUUUUUUUUAGUAAACGUUGUUUGUAUGAAUAGUCCCUAUCUCUGGUUAGGUCUGAAGGAAGUCCUACUUUUUAUUAACAGCAAAUGUUGUGUCUUUGUAACUAAAAUUUAAAAUCAGAAUGUACUCUUUCUGUUAAAAAAACACUUGUCUUUUAUAAGCUGUGAAAUUUAAACUUUCAUAUACUUCGCACAAAUCUGCUUGCUUUCUUCACAUAUUCAAAGUCCAUUAACAUUUCUCAAAUAUAUGUAUAUUUAGUCAUGUAUAUAUAUAUAUAAGGCAAUAUAAGUGAAAAAUUCAUUAAUACUUGUAAAAUUUUACAAAACAUUGACCUUCUAUUGAUGUUGUAGUUUACAAUUACAGCUAUACAAACCAGGAGUUAAUACUAUUUACAGAAUAUUUUUAAAAAAUGAUAGGGCAAGUAUUGGAAGCAGGCCAGUUAUUUGGUUUAAAUAUGAAACAUUAUUGACAUUAUGUCUUUAAAAAACUGUAAUCAUCUAUUUUUGGGGUUGUAUAUGUGCUGACUAGUGCUAAGAAAUGAAAUUGACCAUUUUUUGAAGUAAUUGAAAAAUAACAAAUUAAUUGCUUUCAAAGGCUGAUAUCUAUUGGUGCAUUUUCUGAUUGUUAUAUUUACAAUAUCCGACUGGAAUUAUGUGCUGGUCACAGUUUUUGUCUACUAAUAAAAAAUGCAGAACUUAAA